CACCGCCACCCUAGCUCCAAAAUGCCCCUUACACAAACCCUCUCCGCCGCCGAAGAAUCUUCCAGCCCCACUCGCUUACGUUUUCCCCACUACUUCACGUCCACCGUCCUCCACACUGUCGGGAAUCAUCGGCUGCCUCUCUGUCCUCAGUCUGUCACGGACCGCGCAAGCGUGCGGUUCACCUUCGGCAGUGUGAACCACCAGGAAACGUCUCGUUGACGAUCAGCCGGGAUACGUCGCGUGACUUUGCCGCAGGUCAGUGCCGAUUGUCGUCCGAUCCUUGUGAUCGAGUGCGAGUGACUGCGAGUAGUGAUUGCAAAUGUACCGAGGGUGUCCAAUCGCUUGGAUCUGUCGAUACCCGGGGUAUUGCGGCACAUCCAGGAAAUCGUCGGGCAUCGCGUGAACCGGUCGCGUGUAUCAACCGGCGCGAUCGCUUUAGAAUUUUCCCGGAAUACAUUUUCGUAUCCGCGUUUCUUUUCGCCGACCGCCGGCGUCGGUCGCACGACAGGACGUCGAUCGACCGAAUCGUCUCUUUCUCUUUCUCCCCGUCGCGCGCGCUCUCUCCGCUUCGGCGAAGUGACGUGACCGAAGGAACUUCCGGUUGGUUGCAAGAGCUAGCUCUCCCGACGUUGCUGGACAUCGUCGGCGACGGAGAGGAUCCUACGGUGGCCUGCUAUCGAUCGAUCGAGUACUCCUGCGGCGAGACGGAUCGCCGAACCCUCAUCAGCGUGGAAGGUCCCUGCUCCGAAAUUUUCGGAGCACCCCGAGCAAUCCCACGCUGUGCUCCGCUUUCAAUUGGUCACGGACGGUCCCGCGCAAGUCACGGGACUGAGAGGAUUAUUAUUAAUCUCCGUCGUGAUAUGCCGCUCGGCUAGUUACUCCGGCAGGCUGCUCGACGUAACGAAGUGAUGAACGUGAGUGCUCGUUGGAGUAUCGGAUCUGCGAUUCCGACGAGAUACAUCCUGAUCUCUCGUGCGGGUGCACGUUGACUCUUCACGGUACGCGCACGUGAAUCGAUCAACGAGCAAACUCAACGAGAGCCUCCACUGGGGAAAUUAAUUAAUUAAAGGUGCAAAGGGUGUCUGUGAAAUUCCGUGCGUCGCAAAGUGCAGUGAACGAGCAAGGGGUGCGAGUGCGGAUAGAAACGGCGGGGCUGCGCGCAAAGGGAGGAACGCCGACGAGGUUUCCUCGAUGAUGAUGUUUCGCGUUGUCCGCGAUGGAUGACGGUACUCAUCUCGCGUGACUUCAAGAAGAACAAACGCAUUUUUCCCCGUCGUGUCACGUCGUCGCGGAGCUUAACGCGGGGACAGGUGCCGACGUUUCCCGUCGCGAUACUUUUCUUCGCGUCGUCGUGUUUCAGCACGGCGAGGUUCAAUUUGGGAUAACGUGGGCUUUCGCGCGCGCUGUGUCGUACGGCGGGCGUGCGCACCAUCCAUCGACGUCGUCAGGGUUCAUCCUUUGAAGUUCAAACCGGAAGGAUCGUUUAUACGAAGGCGAGUAUGCAUCCGUGGGCUCGCUCGUCGUCGUCCUCGUCGUCGUUGGUGUCCGCUUCUCAUCUUGAGUGACUCGAGACGAGACGAGACGACUGUGUGUGAUCGCGCUGUGGCAGUCUCCCUUGUGCGCCCUUUGCGCAACCCAGAUCAAGGCGGAAUCCAAAUCGAGGUGUCCCACGUCCGUUUUUCGCGUCGAUGAGAAAGCAAAGUGAACGUUCAUCUCGAUGUGCGACCCUACCGCAUUGCUGGAUCUAGUGCCGGGCGAGGGAUUACUCAAGAGGCCGUCCAUGGAUUAUAACGAGUACACGUACUGCUACGGUGGUGGUCGAGGGUGUUUGUUGGACAGUUCGGCACCGCGGGGCCCGCCUGAUGUGCCACCCCGUAACCCCGCAAUGAGCCGGCUCAACGGAAGACUGCCAGGAAGUCACGCAGCGAGCGAUCACGAACGCGAUCCCGAUCUCGAGCCAUCCUGUCUCGUACGCACCCCAUCCGGUAACUUCUACAAUAUACCAAAGAUACCGAAGAAUGAAUACAACAACAAGAAUCAGUCCACGGGGAACAGCCCAAUAAAGGUGGAACUGCAGAACAACAUGGACAGAGUACCUCUACCUUACGGGCACGCCCCGUCGAUGAUCCCGAUGAGGAGACAAAGCAUCCGCUGUCAUUUCCGCAAGGGAAUGGAUUGGUGCAGCUGGAAAAUAAGUGCCAUAAUACUCAUCGCGAUCUUGGUCUGCUUGAUGACUGCAGUAAUUUUCAUGGCAGCCUCGAAUUUCCUGUACUUGGACCAAGACACGACCAAAUCGUGUACGGUCCUGGUGGGCGAGAACACGGACGCGAAGCCAUCAUCGAGCGAGGCGAACAAGACAUCCACGUCGUCCACGUCGACGUCGUCGCAGUCGAGCGGCAGGACGCGGCAGCAAUCGUCGUCAGGAGGUGCACGAACCUUCCCGGCGAGGUCUUUCCCGCCUGACGGCACGACUUUCGCUCAGGUCAGUUUGGGACAAAAGCUCAGCAAGGAGAUACCGCCGUACGGCUACUGGAACAUGCAGUUUUACCAAUCGGAGGCCGCCUACGUGCGUUUCGACUACAGCAUCCCUCGCGGUGCCAGCAUCGGCGUGUACGCCAGGAGGAACGCAUUGCCCACGCACACGCAAUACGAUCUUCUGGAAGUGCUCAGCGGUUUCAAGGCGCGGACCACUAGGGCGUCCCAUGUUAGUGUCAUACCUUCGAUCAAAAAGGAGGUGACCCAGUACAUGGAGCCGGGACAUUGGUUCGUUUCGCUUUAUAACGACGACGGUGAUCCUCAUGAAGUCUCAUUCAUCGCCAUCAUCGCCGAGGACAUGACACACAAUUGCCCGAACGGAUGUAGCGGCAAGGGCGAGUGUCUCUUAGGACACUGUCAGUGCAAUCCUGGCUUCGGCGGCGAGGACUGCAGCGAGAGCGUCUGUCCUGUCCUUUGCAGCCAAAAGGGCGAGUACAUAAACGGCGAGUGCCAAUGCAAUCCUGGCUGGAAGGGCAAGGAGUGCUCCCUGCGACACGACGAGUGCGAGGUGCCCGACUGUAACGGCCAUGGACACUGCACCAACGGCAAAUGCAACUGUGUGCGCGGCUACAAGGGAAAAUACUGCGAGGAGGUCGACUGUCCGCAUCCGACUUGCUCGGGCCACGGUUUCUGCGCUGAGGGCACGUGCAUCUGUAAAAAAGGUUGGAAGGGUGCCGACUGCAGUCAAAUGGACAAAGAAGCACUGCAGUGCCUGCCGGACUGCAGCGGCCACGGAAACUUCGAUCUUGAAACUCAAACUUGCCUUUGCGAGCCUAUGUGGUCCGGUGACGAUUGCUCGAAAGAAUUGUGCGAUCUCGAUUGCGGUCCUCACGGUCACUGCGUGGACAACGCUUGUGACUGCUUACCAGGCUGGUCCGGCGAACUAUGCAAUCUGAAGCAAUGUGAUCCUCGCUGCAAUGAGCACGGACAAUGCAAGAAUGGCACGUGUCUAUGCGUCACCGGAUGGAACGGAAAACACUGCACGAUGGAGGGAUGUCCGAACUCCUGUUCCGGUCACGGACAGUGUAAGGUGUCUCACGAUGCUCAGUGGGAGUGCCAGUGCUACGACGGCUGGGACGGCAAGGAUUGCAGCGUACUUCUGGAACAGAACUGCAAUGACGGACGAGACAACGAUAAAGACGGUCUCAUAGAUUGCGCCGAUCCGGAAUGUUGCUCCAAUCACAUAUGUCGCAGCAGCCAACUGUGCGUCUCGGCACCUAAGCCAAUCGAUAUAUUGCUACGGAAACAGCCGCCCGCCAUCACCGCUUCCUUCUUCGAGAGAAUGAAGUUCCUAAUCGACGAGGGCAGUCUACAGAACUACGCUCGUCAGGAGACCUUCAACGAGAGUAUGUUCUGGAAUCACUUCAACACAAGCCGAUCGGCCGUCGUACGUGGCCGCGUCGUCACUCAUCUCGGCACGGGAUUGAUGGGAGUGCGAGUCAGCACCAGCACACCGCUGGAGGGUUUCACCCUCACGAGAGACGACGGCUGGUUCGAUCUCCUGGUGAACGGUGGCGGUGCCGUGACUCUGCAAUUUGGCAGAUCACCCUUCAAGCCGCAAAAUCAUAUCGUCUUUGUGCCUUGGAAUGAGGUGGUCAUAAUCGACAAGAUCGUCAUGAGCACUGCCGAAGAGAAAUCGCCCAUGCACGUCCCACAUGCGUGCGCGGCUCACGAUUACGAUCUCAUGAAGCCAGUAGUGUUGGCGACGUGGAAGCACGGAUUUCAGGGUGCCUGUCCGGAUAAGAGUGCCAUUCUUGCGGAAUCACAGGUGAUACAGGAGAGCUUGCAGAUACCUGGAACAGGCUUGAACCUGGUGUAUCACAGUUCCCGAGCAGCUGGUUAUCUCUCCACUAUCCAGUUACAACUGACACCGGAAGUCAUACCAGCUACCCUGAACCUGAUACACUUGAGAAUCACGAUCGAGGGUAUACUCUUCGAGAAGAUCUUCGAGGCUGACCCUGUAAUCAAGUUUACGUACGCAUGGAAUCGCCUGAACGUUUAUCGCCAACGCGUCUAUGGAGUUACGACAGCCAUGGUGAAGGUCGGCUACGAGUACAGUGAUUGCAAGGAUAUAAUCUGGGACGUGCAAACGACUAAAUUGAGUGGCCACGACAUGUCCAUCUCGGAGGUCGGCGGCUGGAAUCUGGACAUUCAUCAUCGGUACAACUUCCACGAGGGUAUCUUGCAGAAAGGAGAUGGCUCGAACAUUUAUCUGAAACACAAGCCGCGUGUCAUUCUUACCACCAUGGGAGACGGCCAUCAAAGACCGUUGGAAUGCUACGAUUGCGAAGGUCAGGCUUCGAAACAGCGUCUCUUGGCACCCGUUGCCCUCGCUACUGCUGCGGAUGGUUCCAUCUUCGUCGGUGACUUCAAUCUGGUCAGGAAGAUUCUCGUCGAUGGAACAGUCAGGACGGUUGUUAGACUAAAUGCAACCAGAGUGUCAUAUCGUUACCACAUCGCUCUGAGCCCACUGGACGGCGUUCUCUACAUAUCCGAUCCGGAAUCCCAUCAGAUCAUCCGCGUCCGUGACAUCAACGACUAUACAGACCCUGAGCACAAUUGGGAGACAGUAGUUGGCUCUGGCGAACGUUGUCUGCCUGGCGAUGAAGCUCACUGUGGCGACGGUGCGCUCGCACGUGAUGCUAAGCUUGCUUAUCCAAAGGGUGUUGCCGUUUCCGCGGAUAACGUCCUGUACUUCGCUGACGGCACAAAUAUCCGAAUGGUCGAUAGAGAUGGCAUCAUUACCACUGUGAUCGGCAAUCACAUGCAUAAAUCACACUGGAAACCCAUACCUUGCGAGGGUACACUAAACGUCGAAGAGGUUCAUCUACGUUGGCCAACCGAACUGGCGAUUAAUCCUCUGGACAACUCGCUGCACAUGAUUGACGAUCAUAUGGUUCUUCAGCUGGCACCAGACGGUCGCGUCAAGGUUGUCGCCGGUCGACCACUUCACUGUGCCUCGCCAUCAGCCUCCUUUGACACGGAACUUGCUACUCAUGCCACCCUCGUAAUGCCACAGAGCAUUGCAUUCGGGCCAUCUGGUGAUCUAUAUAUCGCCGAAAGUGACUCACAACGGAUCAACCGCGUCCGCGUGAUCGGCACCGACGGCAAGAUAUCACCGUACGCAGGCGCUGAGUCCAAGUGCAAUUGCCUGGAGCGUGGCUGCGAUUGCUUUGAGGCUGAUCACUAUCUAGCGUCCACGUCCAAGUUCAACACGAUCUCUGCCGUGGCAGUCUCGCCGGAUGGCGUGGUCCACAUCGGUGACCAAGCGAAUUACCGCAUUCGCUCAGUGAUGGCGAGCAUCCCCGAUGCGAGCGGUGCACGGGAAUACGAGAUCUACGCGCCCGACACGCAGGAGAUUUACGUGUUCAACCGGUUUGGCCAGCACAUUGCGACGAAGAAUAUUCUGACUGGCGAAACUGUGUAUCUCUUUACGUACAACGUCAAUACCAGCAAUGGUAAACUUAGCACAGUGACGGACGCAGCCGGCAACAAGGUCUUCCUGUUGAGGGACUACAGCAGCCAAGUGAAUUCGAUUGAGAACACGAAAGGGCAGAAAUGCAGACUGAGAAUGUCCCGGAUGAAGAUGCUGCACGAACUGAGUACGCCGGACAACUACAACGUCACCUUCGACUAUCACGGACCCACGGGAUUGCUGAAGACGAAACUGGACAGCACCGGACGCAGUUACGUCUACAAUUACGACGAGUUCGGCAGGCUGACGAGCGCGGUGACUCCUACAGGCAAAGUGAUCAGCUUGACGUUCGAUCUCAGCUUGAAGGGUGCCGUCGUAAAGGUUGGCCAGAACAACCGAAAGCCCGUGUCGAUGUUGAUCAAAGGCUCAUCCGUCGUUACGAAGGUUGGAGAGGCCGAGCAACGAACAACGGUUCUCGCUGAUGGCUCGGUCGGCAGAGUGACACCAUGGGCUCAUACCGUCAGCACUGACACCAUGCCGUACUCGAUCCUAGCGGAGAUCGAGCCUUUGCUUGGCGAGAGCUAUCCUGUGCCAGCUAAGCAGAGGACGGAGAUUGCUGGGGAUCUGGCCAACCGCUUUGAAUGGCGAUACUUCCUUCGCAAGGUGCAAGGCAACAAGAACCGCGGUAAUUCGAAGGCGGUCGCGCAGGUCGGCCGAAGGCUGCGAGUCAACGGCGAGAUGCUGUUGACCCUUGAGUACGACAGGGAAACCAACACCGUGGCCGUGUUCAUGGAUGAACGUGUAGAGUUGCUGAAUGUCACGUAUGACAGAACAGCCAGGCCAGUCAAGUGGGGUCCGCGAAACGGCGUCUUCGCCGGUGUUGAGCUCGAGUACGAUCGGUUCAGCAGACUGACGAGCUGGACCUGGGGCGACAUCAGCGAGACGUACGGAUUUGACCGGGCGGGACGACUAUACGAGAUCAAGUACAGCGACGGCACGUCGAUGGUGUAUGCAUUCAAGGACAUGUUCAGCAGCUUACCACUAAAAGUCACCACACCCCGUGGAAGCGAUUAUCUUCUACAGUACGAUGAAGCGGGCGCGUUGCAGUCGCUGACCACACCGAGGGGUCAUAUUCAUACGUUCUCACUUCAGACAUCCCUUGGAUUUUACAAGUAUCAGUACUACUCACCGAUGAAUCGACAUCCGUAUGAGAUUCUCUACAACGAUGACGGUCAGAUUCUCGCCAAGGUGUAUCCGCAUCAAAGCGGCAAGGUCGCUUACGUCUACGAUCAUGCCGGGAAACUCGAAACUACACUUGCUGGACUAUCCUUGAUACAUUACACUUAUCAAGAAACAACAAGUCUAGUGCGCAGCAUCGACAUCAACGAGCCCAACUUCGAAAUGCGUAUCGAAUACAAAUAUCACGCUGGUAUCGUUAAGGACGAGAAGAUCAAGUUUGGCAGCAAGAGUGGCAUGGAUAAUGCCCACUAUCGUUACCAGUACGACGGCAACGCACGCAUAUCCGGCAUCGAAGUCGAUAUCAACGGGAAACAGUUACCACAGCUUCGUCUCAAAUACAAUCAGAAUCUCGGAGUGCUGGAGGGCGUCGGAGAUCUCAGGAUAUACAGGAACCUCUUCAACAGAUCAGUUAUGCAGGACAGCAGCAAACAAUUCUUCACAGUGACAGACUACGACGAGCACGGCCGCGUGAAGUCUGUUCUGAUGAACAUCCGAUCGUUUGACGUGUUCCGCAUGGAGCUCGAGUACGACAAUCGCAAUCGGAUCAAGAUGAGGAGGCUCAUGAUCGAAAAGGAGUCAAUAGAGAAAAAGGAGUUGUCCAGGGUAGAAAAAAUUACGUACAAUGCGGAUGGUCAUGUUCUGGAAGUAGCGGAUACCGAGAAUAACUGGCAAUAUGCGUAUGAUGAAAAUGGUAACGUGAUUGGCGUAACGGAGCACAAUGAGAAGAUCGUCUUGGGCUACGACAGUGGCGAUCGAGUGGUUCAGUAUGGUGAUGUUGAGUUUAAUUCGUAUGACGGACGUGGCUUCGUCGUAAUUCGCGGAGAGCACAAAUAUAGAUACAAUUCGCGCGGUCAACUGAUUCAUGCGUCGGAGCACAAGAAAUUCCAGAUCUGGUACUUCUACGAUGACCGUGGCCGACUGGUGUCCAUGAACGACGACCGAGAGAACAUCACUCAGUUCUUCUACGCGAAUCCAAAGACUCCAGAUCUGAUAACGCACGUGCACUUCCCGAAGUCGUCCAAAACAUUCCGAUUCCUGUACGACUCCCGCGACUUCCUGAUGACAGUGGAGACGUCAGAGCAACGCUUCUACGUCGCAACGGAUCAAAAUGGCUCGCCCCUGGCUCUCUUCGACACCAACGGUAAUCUGAUCAAGGAGAUGCGACGCACACCGUUUGGCAAGAUCAUCAAGGACACCAAUCCGGACUUCUAUCUGCCCAUUGAUUUCCAUGGUGGUCUCUUUGAUCCCAACACCAAGCUGAUUUAUCUGAACAAGAGGCUGUACGAUCCGACCGUCGGUCAGUGGAUGACACCAGCUUGGGAACAGAUGGCCAACGAGCUCACCACGCCGACCGACAUCUUCAUCUACCGCUUCCGCAAUAAUGACCCGAUCAACUUCAAGCAGAACGUCGAGUACAUGACGGAUCUGGCGAGCUGGCUGAAGCUCUACGGCUAUGACAUCUCGUCGAUGCUUGGCUCCGAGUAUACGAAGCAGAUGGUGUACCAACCGAGCGCCACCGUCACGUCACCGCAAUUGACUCCAGACUUUGGCGUGAUGUCCGGUCUGCAGUGCAUCGUGAAUCGCGUGCAUGAGAAGUUCUCCGAUCUUGGUUUCGUGCCCAAGCCGUUGCUCAAGCUGGAACCGAAGACGAGAAACCUGCUGCCGCGGGUGGCCCAUCGUCGGGCAGUCUUCGGCGAGGGUAUCCUGGUGUCGCGCGUCGGCGGCCGGGCCCUCGUGAGCGUGGUGGACGGCGUAAACAGUGUGGUGCAGGACGUGGUGACGUCCGUGUUCAACAACUCGUACUUCCUGCCACUGCACUUCAGCGUUCACGACCAGGACGUGUUCUACUUCGUCAAGGACAACGCCCUGAAAAUCCGUGACGACAUGGAGGAGUUGCAUCGGCUCGGCGGCAUGUUCAACGUGUCGACUCACGAGACGACGGAGCACGGCGCCGGCACGUGGAAGGAGCUGAGACUCCACAAUCCGGACGCGGCGGUGGUGAUCAAGUACGGUGCCGAUCCGGAGCAGGAACGCCAUCGAAUCCUGAAGCACGCGCACAAGCGGGCAGUCGAGAGAGCCUGGGAGAUCGAGAAGCAGCUGGUGAUAGCCGGCUUCCAGGGCCGCGGCGACUGGUCGAAGGAGGAGAAGGACGAGCUCAUCAGCCGCGGCACCGUCGAUGGCUACGAGGGCGUCGACAUCCACAGCGUGCACAGGUAUCCGCAGCUCGCCGACGAUCCCGGAAACGUCGCGUUCACCCGCGACACGAAGCGGAAGAGGCGGAAGAGCGGCAACAGACGCAGCAGGACUCACAGGCACGACUCGUGAUUCGAGGACACGACCGCGCGGGUACGGAGGAGUACCACUUGGGACUUGAUACGCGCGUGAAUCCGGGAAGCGGGGUACGAGAGGGAGAAUGAUCGGAGGAAACGAGCAGCGGCGCGUCGAAGGAAGAAAGAAAGGAAAGAUCUUGCUGCCGCGUAUCGUUGUGCGAACUCGCCAUUUCUUGCGUGAAUACUCGUCAGCGUCGUCGCUCCUUUCUCUCCUCGAUCUUCCUCUCCGCUUCUUCUCCCUGCGCUCGUCGUCGAGAGGGUUGCGAUGAUCACGAGCGACUACGGAUGCACGGCGCGUCCGGCUCCGGCUGCUGCUCCGCCCGUCGAUGUGCCAUAAGCGCGCUCAUGCGAAAGCGAUCGAGCCUAGAUCCCUGGAUCGAUCAGUCGUGCGUGCGGAGACGAGGGAUGUGAGAGUGGAUCGCGAAGUGUCAAAAUUAAGCUAGUCGCAUUAUUAACGAAAUGAAGAAUAUAAAGCUUGUUACAUGGUGAUUAGUUUAUAGAGAAGAGAGAGGGAGAGAGAGAAAGGGAGAGAAAGGGAGAGAGAGAGAGGGAGAGAAAGGCAGCGAGUCGAGGUGCGACGAGAACUGAAAGUGCGUGCGUGAAGUUUCAAGGUGCCGUCCGCGACGAAAUACGAUAGAGCGUUUUUCACGAGAAAGAGUGUGAAUAAGGAGUAGGUCAGGAAGACGCAGGGAAAAUUUUGGAUACAUACUAGUACGUGUAUAUUCUCGGACUUUCGUCCGUCGGAUCGUCGAUCGAGCUCGAGCUGACGUUUGUUCACGCAACAGGGUCUACUACGAGACACGCACGCACGCGGUAAACCUCGAGAGCGGCAUAGUUGGAAGAUGCAAGGCGAGAGAAUGACCUCUGACACGAAAAGAAGAAUUUCUCGGGCAUCCCCGGUAUCUUCUGAACGUUAAUUGAACUUCUGAAAUCUUAGUUGGAACUCUCUCACCUCGUAUCUUUAAUCGGAACGCACUCGUUCGAGGAUGAGUGCGUUUCCCAGGUGGACGUUGCCAUAGAAAGCAAGAGAGAGAGAGAGAGAAAGAGAAGAGAGAGAGAGAGAGAUUGUGAAAGAGAGAAAGAGAAAGAGAGAAUGACAAAUGUGGAGAACAGAUAUAUACAGCAGAUAUUUUUAACAUGGCGCAAAUUGGUGUACUAGAUGCGAGACGAGCAAUUGUAAAUAUAGCUACUCGAACUUAACGGUAAAUGUAGAUAAAAUAUCGUAACGUAACGUAACGCGAGGAAAUGAUCGUAAACUCAAGUGGAACUGUCGAUACCGCUUUUUUAUAUGUGAACAGAAAAUAAUAAGACACACGCGUGAAGAGAUGCAGGGAGCUAACUUUACGUCCCCGUGAUACGCGAACGCGAACGCGAUCGCGAUGGGGUAAAUCGUGAUUUAUCGGACGCGUCGCGAUCUUUUGGAUGGACAGGUUGAUUUUGAGAGAUUUCGUUAGGGGAAAAUGUGACGUUCACGCGAUGGUUCACGCUAAUCUCGACCCAGGCCUACGCACGAUCGACACGCAUUUAUCGCUUCAAAUCGGCCGGAUGCACAGAGAUGCACGAUCGGCGACGUUGUCACGACGAUUCCGUCGGCACGUGCGAACGCGCAAUUGGAUGUUACAAAGCAAAGUAUAAUAGCGGCACCUGCAAUCGAAAUGUGUCAGAAAUCCAUGAGAUCCGUAAAGUUUAUCUUAAAUACAAUAUUUUUAUAUCUAAACAAUAAAGAGAUGAAGGUAUACAUAAAAGUAAAUAUAUAUAGAAUAACGUGUUAAUUCUUCAGUGAUAAAAUUAAUAAUUAAUUAUUAUUGAACGUUAUGAAUAUUAAUUUAAUUGUCAGGAAAUUAUGCGCAGCAUUCCGUUUAUCUAUUCAAUUAGUUUAUCUAAUCAUAGACUUUACGGACCUUAAAUUUCAGAGGUUUUGAUCGUGGGCGCCUGAGAUAUAAGGAAAUCUACCGAUUUGUCGUAGACAACGUAGAUACGUGUAAAUAGCAUUGGCAUCACGUAAACGAGUAUAAAAACUAUCACGACGUGACGUGGUCACGCAAUAAACGACGUGACACGACGUGACGAGACGAGCGACAGUCGCAACGGGAUGCGUCGAAGUAAUAAUGUCCAGCAGAAAUAAUAAUAAUAAUAGUAAUAAUAAUAUGAUACAGAAAGCGUAAUAAAAAUAAUAAAAUAGUAAUAAUAAUAAUAUAAUAAUAUAAAUAAUAACGGAAAGAAAAAUAAUGAUAAUAUUACCAUUGUACGAGAAAUGUCCCGCCUAUCUUUCUACUAAAAAUGAAAAAUUAUUUUUUGAAUUGUGUCGUCGAAGAAGUCCUAUGUAAACCGUGUGUAUGUGGGAUCGCCCCGUGAAAAGGAACCUCACCCUCCCCCCCUUCUUGUGCGCUCCACCGAAGAGAGCACCCGGUAAAGAAUAGGUCGUUUAAUAGGAGUCGACACAGAGACGAGUUUCGUUUUUCUAUUUCUUUCCAGUUGCAUUUAUCCACUUUAAUUUCUGCUGGAGAUGAAAAUCAGAAAUUUUCCUUACGAUCGUAUCUUUUAUUCAGAAUUAGGAUUAAUACAUCGUCAUUUAAUUAUAAUGCUGAUAAUAGCUACAGUAUGAUGGGAACGCGAAACGUUUAAGUCAAUUCUCUGAUUUCGGGUCAGGUCAGACAUUUAACUUAGAAACGAAUUUCUUCUGAUUCACCUUAAUUCGCCUAUUUUUCACAGGGCACGACCUUAAACCCUCCUCUCUGUAACUGAUAUAGCUGAAAAUUCGUCGGUGUUUAUCAAUAUUGGAUAAAUAAGAAAAAGAAAAGUAAAAAAGCGUAGAUCGAGGUCUGUGGUUCGGAUCGAAUGAAGUAACUGACUAAUAGAAAGUAAAGAUGCAAAAAAUACGAGUAUAACGCAUAAUAUAUAUAGGGGUACACGGUGAGCCAACGUGCGAGCCCACGCAGCUCCACCACGUUGUGUUCUAUGCGCGCGUAGGCGAUAUAUAAUAAAUAAAAAAAAUACAUAAUCAUAACUGCAAACGUACGUACUAGCUGACGUUAACGUGGGUUUAGCGAAUGAUUAAGGGGAGUGUGCUAGUGAACCUUACAAGUAACAUCGCUGUACAUAUCUGUUGUGUAUAGUUGACAACACGCCACUGGUAGUUCCGCGAAAGCAGUCGUCACACCCUCGCGUAAAAAGAUUUUCUAUCAUACGAGACCAUAAGGAACUUUAGCGGUGUUCGUUAUUACUUUAUAUUUAAUUCUCAAGUAGGCAAGUUGUCGUAUUUUUGACUUUGCAUCGUUCAUUACAUUUUUACACAACCGGAAUUUUAUUGCAAUAUCAUGUCUUUUUGGUGGAAAUUUAUUGAUUAAAAGACAUUUUGAUAAUAUAUACGUCUCGAUAUAUUUAUAUCAAUUUUAUAUUGCAAUUAACGCGAAAACGCCGCUGAGAUUUUUAUUAUCUCGCUAAAUAUUCCGUCUAAAUUUGAUAGAAAGAUUGUUUUCGUGCGUUAAAAGCGCCUUCUUCGAAGGAAAGCCCGAGGUUGGACAAGGCAUAUCGAUCUGUGAUUCAUUCCACAUGUCGUCGCAGAGAUUAAAUCUUAUUUUCCUCCGUAUAAAUAUAAAACGAGUAAGGUCUGGAACUUAGUAGCUUAAUGCGGAAAAUUGCUCAGCCAUCAAAGCCUCGGGCUCGGCUUUAUACGCACGAGUUCAUCUGCAUUGACUCUUCGAAAUCCUAGCGAGAUUACUCCAAAGCAGUUUCUUCACGCAUUCUUGUUGCAAUAUCUCGAGUAAAUAACUUUCAUUAUUAUACAUCCUGAGAUGUACAUUCGUCAAAGUAACAUUCGCGGUAACGAAUUAUUGAAAAUUAUUUCCUCAGGAUUAAAAAAUACGGUUGAAUAAAUUGCUCGGGGUAGUUUCAUCAAUCCCUUUAGUAACAGAAGGGUUAAACCUCAUCCUAUUCAGCCAUGAUCGAGAAUAUUAAUCAAGGUUGCAUUUUGUCUCGCCAGUUAUUUCCAAAACUCUGCAAUAAUUUGUUACAAUUUGAGAAUUAAGAAUACUUUGCCUCUUAAUAGAAUUUCUUCGUCAUUGUCGUCAAUUUCAAAAGUGGACAUAUGAUUAACGUCGAACUAAUUGGUCUCGAUAACGAGACGAGGCAUCCUCCUUGAUAAUGUUCCCGAACGUCGUCUUCAAUCGAAUCUAACCCACGUCCCUUCGAUACUGUGUUCUUAACGAUUUCCAAGGAAAUGGAAUCUCGUAGCGCUUGUUACUGGCAAUGAGUUGUCCAUUAACACACCAUUUAUCCUACACGCGCGCAUUAUCGUAGUUGGUAGAUACGCUCAGCACGCGGCAGCGUGCUUCCCGGCACCGAGGAGGCGCGUGGUCGAGCGGAGGCUGCAAGCGGUUUUCUAUGUGUACUCGUCUACUUGCAAAACGAUACGUAAAAACGGGAGAGAGAAAAAGAAACAGAAAAAAAACGAUACGACGUUAAAAAGUCCUGUACUCGAGUUAACUUUACGCUUAGCGCAUGUUUCCUUCGAGCGCAAGAGCCGCGGCCGAGUACCGCCUAUCGAUUUUCCUCGGUGGAAAAAAUAUCUCUUGCUCCUGAUUGAUACCUCGAGACGGGGAUGUGUCCUAACGGAAAUUUCUGCAGUCGAAUCUACUCGAAAUACCACAAUCAAUCAGCCAUAUUACAAAUGUACUACUACUCGAAGACAGAUGAGAUGCAGUUGUAAAUCUACGCGAAAUUAAAUCCGCGAUUAAAUGGUUCCAAUAUUUUCGUACGAUUUUGUAGAAAGAUGUAAGUAAGAACACACGUGUUCUCGCGCGCUACGUUAGCGUAAUUUUAAUCCUUCGGUCCCCGAUGUUCCGAGCAGACCCGAGAGGAGCUUUAGAAUCUGCACGGGUUCUCAAAAAACCGUGAGUGCUUAUGCAUACCUGGGCCGAAUAAUCCCCGAUAAUCUGCAAGCGACAUUUCGGAGUCGAAGGAACCGGAUGAGGAAACGGAAGCGCGGGGUACUUCGACGCGGCUCGUCGCAGGAAGGUGCAAAAUUUAUUAUUGUUAUGCCGGAUUGCGGUCGACAAGCGCGAUCGACACGCGACUAAGAAAAAGCAAUACUUCGUAACUAUCGUGUAUGUCUUGGGUGUCGUUCUGCAAAGAUCGACAAUAGAACGAGAGACGGUAAUAUGUCAAAAAUGAAGCGCGAUGCGUGAGAAAGGAUGAGUGAAAAGCUGAAGAGAGCGAACGAGAGAGAAUGAGAGAGAGAGAGAGAGAGAGAGAGAGAAAGAGCGAGAGAUAUUAUACAUAAAAAUUAAUAUAUAAAUAUAUAAAUAUAUAAAUAUGCGAGAAUUGCGUUUAACGAUAGUUACUGCGGGGAGAAAGAAAGCCGUGCGCUUUUUUUUCUUUCUUGUACAGACGAGCCGAGACCGAGUUUGUCGGUGAAGCGCUCGUCGCGCUUCUUUCUGUACGCCACUGAGAAAAAACUGCGGCGAUCGCGCGUGAUAUUUCUUUUUGUACAUAUAGCAUACGACCGAAAUAUAAUAAGAUAUAUCGCGUUCCGUUGACGUCACGCGACGCCGGAGCGUCUCUCGAGAUCUCGACGAGAUCGAGGUACCACGGAUUCUUCGCGAUACGGUAAACGCCAAAGCUUCUACCAGGCCGAUAGAAACGAUCGUGAAUUGCGGCAAUUUUCAUAUCGCGAACACGCACAUUGUAUACGUAAUUCUUUUUCUGUACACGUGGCUCAACGUGUUACCGUAUUCGAAACACGCUGUUACAUAACCGAGAGGUCUCGGGCAAAGAAUUUUUAUUUCGAACACGGUAAACGCUAAAUAUUCAUAUCCGACGUAAACCACGCGUGUUACGACACUACUCAUUACGUUGGGCUCACGUUAUCGUUUGACUUUGGUGUUCACCGUAUCAGAGACGCGGUAUUUCCGCGCCUCCGUAAUCUCGCUCGCGGCCGAGAAGGAGAAAGCUGCCACGUAAAAGAAAAAACGCCACAAUCGUACGCGACAUUGAUGUUGUUAAUUAGGGUACGUACAAUUACCCGUAGCGAUAGUAGUUUCGUACACCCGUGCCCGCAAGAAGAGAAAGAAGAGAAUCAUCUCACACCGUAGCGACCUUUGUACUUUCACGCAUAUAAAGACGGCGGUCAAUUUAUAUACGACGAAGAGGGAAAACGAAAGCGUUGAGAAAGAACUACCCUCUUGGCAUUCACUCUCGGCAUUGGCGUGACGGUGAACGCGGCACGAGUCCUGGUAGCAUCGGAUCCUCGCGAGGAUCCGUUCCGAGUGAAUCGGCGAUCACCGACGCGGCCGAUACACGCCCGUUCGUCUGAUAUUUCCUUUCGAUUUUCGUUUUCGUGAGACUUGUACAUACAUUAAUUGCGAUCAUUAUGUAAAUACUCUUGACGAGAGACACACACAUACACGUACACAUACACGUUGCGUGCAUGCCCGCGCGCAAGGUUUAUUUUAAAGAAAAGACUACAUCAUGAUAUAUAUAAAUAUAAAUAUAUAUAUAUAUAUAUAUUUACCAUGUAAUGAUAUAUUUAACAGUAAGGUAACAUAUAUUCUAUACUCUUACACGCUAAGUACUCAAUAAAUAUAUCUAUAAAAUCUCCCUGUGUUUGUGAAUGUCUGCCCCUGGACCUAUCCCGACGAUCCCGUCGUAUCGUGGCGUCUGAACCAUAUCCAACAAGCCAAGAAACUACAUUCUCAAGUCAACGUUAACACCUCUGUUCGUCGGACUCCGGUUGAAGGAACUAGCAUUAAGUGUGUUUUCCCUGGCCCUCUGUUACCACAUCCCGCUUGUCCAGCUCCUACAUGCCCAGAUUCGCCUUGCGCGCGUGACGUAACUCUAUUCCACGGAUAUACACGCGCGAAAGAGACUCUAGAUUAUAGAUAUACACGAGCAAAUAUAUAUGUAUAUAAAUAUAUAAAAAAAUACGUAUAUAUUAUACAUACGAAUUAUAUAUGACACUCUCGCAACGGGUCCGACAAGUGGUCUGACAAGUACCUAUGGAUACGUGAUGUGAUGAAAGUUGUUUUUCUAUCGAUAAUAACGAGAAAGUUAAUUAAAGUCUUUUAGUAACA